AUGACUUAUUCUUUGGAAGAGUUUAACAAUCAUUUUGUAGAAUUCAAGAACAAAUUCCCCACGGAAGUCGUCAUCCCUGAGCAUGAUAUUGGUUUUGAGAAGAGGAGCAGGAGACGUUUCCCUGGUAAUGGAUAUGGUGUGAUUACCACAAAUAUCGCUAAGUCACUCAAUGCUAUGUUGAUAUACGAAAGAGAGUAUCCUGUGGCAUCUAUAUUUAAUUCGAUUGCUAAGAGGUUUGGAGAAUUAUUUAGGGAGAGGCAUGCAUAUAUCCUCAAAUCAAUAGAUGUUACAAUCAAUGUAAACCUACUGGAAAAGUCAUGUUCUUGUAGUGAAUAUGACUUGAUCAAGAUAUCUUGUGCUCACACGAUGGCCGCUUUGCGAUCGAAGCAUGGCAAUGAGUAUGGUAUGAGCAUCUAUUUGUACUCUUUGACUUUGUAUAAAGUUGAAGCAUACCUUCUUGCGUACAUGGAUUCUAUUAAUGUUGUCCCUCUCAAGUCGCAAUGGUGUGUGCCAGAAGAAUUGCUUAAUGUGAAUAUUUUUCUACCUCUUGUCGAUAUCAAGCUUGGAAUAAAAAGAAGAAAACGUGUCAAAGGCAUUGGUGAGAAUUUCAAGAGCAAGAGAAGGAACAAAUGUUCAAUUUGUAAGAGAACCAGACACAAGAGAACUACAUGUGUGAACAACAAAUCUUAA